UUUGCUUCCCUCUCAUGUUCUCAUCCAAUGUUGCAACUAUAUAACAAGCUGUAUUAGAGAGAAUGUCAGCGAGGUUUGAGGGCUGAAAUUCAUGCAAAACAAGCAACAUCAUGAGGAGCCGUAGUAACUCUGGGGUGAAACUCGACAAUUAUGCGCGGAUGGUUACGAAAACGAUACUACGUCACCAGGAUCCGGUGACGGGGCUUCUCCCAGGGGACCCAGAUACCCCCCAUGCUUGGGUCCGGGACAAUGUCUACGGCAUCCUGUCUGUGUGGGCCCUCAGCCUGGCCUACCGCAAGAACGCUGACCGAGAUGAGGACAAGGCCAAGGCCUACGAGCUGGAACAGAAUGUAGUUAAACUCAUGAGGAGCCUGCUGCAGUGUAUGAUGAGGCAGAUUGACAAAGUGGAGAAGUUUAAAUACAGCAAGAACAAAUCUGACUGCCUGCAUGCCAAGUAUAACUCCCAGACAACUGCCACAGUGGUGGGAGACGAUGAGUGGGGUCACCUGCAGGUGGAUGCCACUUCCAUAUUCCUGCUCUUCCUGGCCCAGAUGACUGCAUCAGGCCUUCACAUCGUCUACACUCGGGAUGAGGUGGACAUCAUCCAGAAUCUUAUGUUCUACAUUGAGGCCGCAUAUAAAGUGGCAGAUUUUGGAAUGUGGGAACGUGGGGACAAGACAAACCAGGGGAUUCCUGAGAUCAACGUCAGCUCAAUCGGCAUGGCAAAAGCUGCACUUGAGGCCCUGGAUGGGCUCAAUUUGUUUGGAGCCAAGGGGGGUCAUGAAUCUGUAGUCCAUGCAUUAGCUGAUGAUAUUCAGCGUUGCACGUCUAUCCUUAGUUCCAUGUUACCAAGAGCUUCCACAUCCAAAGAGGUGGAUGCUGGGGUUCUGUCCAUUAUCUCGUACCCAGCGUUCGCUGUGGAAGACAUUGACAUCGUUAAUAUGACCAAGGAGGAAAUCAUUUCCAAGUUGCAGGGGAGAUAUGGAUGCUGCAGGUUCCUCAGAGAUGGACACAAAACCCCCAAAGAGGACCCCAGUCGCAUAUAUUAUGAGUCAUCUGAGCUGAAGCUCUUUGAGAAUAUUGAAUGUGAGUGGCCACUUUUCUGGACUUACCUCAUUCUGGAUGGGGUCUUCAUCAACAGCCCUGAGCAGGUGCAAGAAUACAGAGACGCUCUGGAGGCUAUUAUGAUCAAACAGAAGGAUGGCCUUAGCCUGGUGCCUGAGCUCUAUAGUGUCCCUGCAGACAAGGUAGACGAGGAGUAUGUGAAUCCCCAUUCUGUAGAGAGAGUUCCCAUGGGCAAGUUACCUCUGAUGUGGGGACAGUCUCUGUACAUACUGGGAAACCUGCUGGCUGAUGGCUUUUUAGCCCCAGGAGAGAUUGAUCCUCUGAACAGACGGUUUUCCACUGUAUCCAAACCUGAUGUUGUGGUUCAAGUGUCCAUCCUAGCUGAGACGGACCACAUCAAACAUCUGUUGAUGAAACAGGGGAUAGAUGCUGAGACCUUGGAGGACAUCCAUCCUAUCAGAGUCCAACCCUCCAGGGUGUUGAGCCACAUCUAUGCAAGGCUAGGUCGCAACCAGAGACUAGGCCUCACUGGGAGACCAUACAGACGCAUUGGCACUCUGGGGACAUCUAAGUUCUACAUCAUCCGUGACACCGUCUUCUCCUUCACCCCUCAGUUCAUUGACCAUCAGGAAUUCUACUUGGCAUUGGACAACCACAUGAUAUUGGAGAUGCUGCGAAAUGACCUGUCCUACCUGGCUUCCCGCUGGAGAAUUACUGGCUGUCCCACUGUCUCCUUCCCUAUCUCAUCCAAUAUGCUCACUGAUGACCAUAAAGAGCUGGACCCUGCAGUAUUAGCCGUUCUGAGAAAACUACAAGAUGGUUACUAUGGAGGAGCAAGGGUUCAGACAGGGAAACUGUCCAAGUUCAUGAACACUUCCUGUUGCUCUCAACUGUCCUUCAUGGACGAUGAGGUGGAUGACUUGGCUCAGUACCUGGACCAGUUGCUGUCCAUACCGAAACACAGCGAAAAGAUCAGCUCCCAUAAAGGCGGACUGAACCGCUUCCGGGCGUUGGCCAGAAAGACCCGUGAGAUGGUCUCACUUGUGCACAAAGCACGGGAGCUCGACAUCCACAACGUGCACAUGUACCUCCCUACCAAACUGUUCCGCUCCCCUCAGCCAAGCCUUCAUCUGAUGGAUGCAGAUAGCAUGCGCUCCAAUGCCACCCCUCCAGCCCAGAUUAAUCUUCCCAGGGACACGAAUGGAGGUAUAGACUACCAGGCCCUGGUGCAGGUGCUGAAGCAGACACAAAACCUUCAGGACCAGGCAGACAUCCUCUACAUUUUCUUCAAAGACAAGGGUAUGGACUGGGACACUAAGAUGCACGGUAAAGGCUCCACCGUUAGACGGCUGCUGAGCAAUCUGUAUGACAAGGCUGGGAACCUGAGACACUGGGGCCUCGUCCGCAUGAUCUCUGGCAUGCUCCGGAAGAAAGUGGAGGAGCUGGACGAGGCCUGUUCAGAUCUGCUGGCCCACCAGAAGCACCUGACAGUGGGUCUCCCCCCUGAGCCAAGGGAAAAGACAAUUUCAGCCCCCAUGCCCCCUGACAAGCUGGCAAAGCUAAUUGAUGUGGCCAGUGAAAAUAAUCUGACCAUCGCCAUUCUCACUCAGGAGAUCAUGGUGUUCCUGGCAAUGUGUAUCCGCACCCAGCCAAAGCUCUUUAGUGAGAUGUUCCGUCUCAGAAUCGGACUGAUCAUCCAGGUUAUGGCUACUGAGCUGUCCCAGUCUCUCAACUGCUCUGGUGAGGAAGCCACUGAGUGCCUGAUGAACAUGAGCCCUUCAGAGCUAAAGAGCCUCCUGCACCACAUUCUCAGUGGGAAAGAGUUUGGGCUGAUGAAGAGUGUGCGUUCGGGUGCCACAGGUACAGACUCCAUUGCCAUCCAGGAGAUUUCUCCUACCUCUAAGAGUGUGGGCGGGGGCAAACGUAAGAGUAAAAUGGGGAAAAUGUCCUUAUCAGUGCAUUCCCUUGACAUCGAGAACAUCGAAUCAGGGCGGUACAGACUCCCCUCCAUCGAGUCGUUCCACAGCGCUACAGAAAAGAUGGGAGUAAGAGACAGCCGCCAUGGCCAGUGGUUACGUAGGAGACGUCUAGACGGAGCCCUCAACAGAGUCCCUGUUGGCUUCUACCAGAAGGUCUGGUCCAUCCUCCAGAAGUGUCAUGGUCUGUCUAUUGUGGGAUGCAUUCUUCCAGCAUCAACUACAAGAGAGAUGACCCCUGGUGAGAUCAAGUUUGCGGUUCACGUGGAGACAGUGCUGAACCGUGUGCCCCAGCCGGAGUACCGUCAGCUGCUGGUGGAGGCCAUACUAGUGCUCACCCUGUUGGCCGAGGUGGAGCUGGAGAGCAUCGGCAAUGUCAUCCAUGUAGAUAAGAUAGUCCACAUGGCCAGCCAAAUGUUCUACGACGACCAGAAAGUGCUGGGGGCUGACGACACCCUUCUGGAGAUAGAUCAGUCCAAUGGGAUCUGCAGGCUGCUGUAUGACAGUGCCCCUAGUGGCCGCUAUGGCACUAUGACCUACCUCUCUAAAGCUGUGUGUACCUACGUCCAGGACUUCCUGCCCAGCGGUGCCUGUGCCAUCCAAUGAGCUUCUAUGUGUCUGUGCCCUCCAAUUAGCUUUCAGCAACACAUACUGUACUAGGGCUCAGAACCUGAGAAAGGAUGAUUUUAUCGUAGUCAACCAACCUUUUCCUCAUGGAGGUUAAUUUGUUUUGAUAUAUCACAUAUCCCAACAAGCUUGUGCCUGACAUAGACAAUCGCUGUGAGAGGUCUCAGUAUUUUAAAUACCAACUUCCUCUUAUAAUAUGGCAGAUUAUUCUUAUAAAAAUCCAUGUAGCUAGGUUUCCAGGCUUGUUGUUAUUCACAUCAGGUAGAUGUUUCUUACCAGAAAGAUGGCGCACUGUGAUUCUAUGUCAUAGGGAGCGAUUGCUGCAAUACUAGUGGUAAUGAAAUUAGUUGUCGUUGCUGCUUUUGAAAAUGAUAAUUCUCCUAUUGUGUUUUUGUGACAGAUGUAUAGUAUGGAUCUUUGAUUAAUAAAGUAUAGUGACAAUCUUCA